CGCAACGAUGCAUUCCGCGUGGUUGCUCUUAUCCGUAGCGGCAGCUGUAGGAAUCACUCCGGACCUUGUGCUAGCGAUUGGCGAACGGUACGCGCUCGAAAAAAUUCCGCAAACUCCACGGGUCUGCAUACAGGAUGGGUGUCUUUUCGGGCGAGAUUUGAACGGACUUGAAGGGGGAAUGUAUGAAGCUUUCAUGGGAAUCCCGUAUGCCAAACCACCCUUAGGUGAUCUGAGAUUUAAAAAUCCUGUGCCGAGUGAUCCGUGGGCUGGCGACUACGAUGCCACGUGGGAACGAAGUCGGUGCAUCCAGAAGAACGAUCUUCGACCAGACGCAACCGUGGAAGGAAGUGAGGAUUGUUUGUACUUAAAUGUGUAUAAGCCAAAACACUUUAGAGGUACACUGCCAGUAAUUUUCUAUAUCCAUGGAGGAGGGAACGCAGCGGGAUCAACAUCAAUAGGAGAGUAUGGUCCCGAACGAUUGAUGGACACAAACAAAGUAAUUCUGGUUAUGGUGCAAUAUCGGUUAGGCGUGUUUGGGUUCUUGGCUACCGGAGAUGAAACCUCGCCUGGAAAUUAUGGGAUGAAAGAUCAAGUGUUGGCCUUGAAGUGGGUUCAACGCAACAUUUUUCAUUUUGGGGGAGAUCCCAAACGCGUUACUAUUAUGGGACAAAGUGCAGGCGGUUCAUCGGUACAACUACAUCUGAUGUCUCCCUUGAGUAAGGGUCUAUUCUCGAAAGCGGUCAGUAUGAGUGGAAGUGCUCUUGGAUUUUGGAACUACUAUCAUGAUCCCUUAACUUUGGCUCGACGACAAGCAGCAGCUGUCGGAAUUGAAGAUGCGCAUGAGAUAUCAACUCUGCAACUGGUGGAUUCUCUGAGAAAAAUUGAUGCCCUCGAGCUAGCCAGAAGUAUUGAUAAGUUGAAAUUCUUUUACAUUCAUCACAUAACCACAUAUGCCCCCGCAAUUGAAAAGUUUAUAACCAAUGAAUCAUUUAUGAUUGAAGAUCCAAGGGAUCUAUGGGCUGCGGGAAGGUAUCAGCAAGUACCAUAUAUUAUGGGAUUCGUUCCCAAUGAGGGUGUUUUCACUGCAGAUAUUAUUGCCAACAAUACUCAGCUUAAUGAACUAAAUGCUCGAUCACGCGAACUUAUUCCUCAAUUUGUUGGUGUCGAUACAAAUCCGUUGAGUGUACAAAUGCUGAAAGACACGUUCUUCCCUGAUGGUAGCAAGGAAAAUUGGCUAACUGAUGACAACCUUUACGAAUUGCAAGAGAUGCUGUCAGAGGGUUACAUCACAUAUGCCAUCAUACUGAGUAUCAAACAAUACCUAGAAUACAAAAGCACAGUUCCUAAAGCACCACUGAGUGUGUAUUAUUUUAACUUCAAGGGACGCUACUCGAGGUCAUUUUUCUACACACGAACGUACGCAGACUUUGGAAUUGGUCAUGCAGAUGAUCUGAACUUUUUCUUCCGUCCGUCGGCAAUGAUUCCAGACUAUGGCCCGGAAACACCCUCCUGGUACAUGGCGAAAGCCUAUGUCGACUAUUUUGUACAGUUUGCCACCAAUGGAAUAAGUGAACCACUGUGCACAUCCGAGAGCUGCCCAAUUCUGCAAUUCUCCAAUUCCGACGACCCUCGCCACCCAGUGCGGACCAAUUACCUGGAAGGAUUCAAUGAGCAGCGUUUCGCGUUGUGGUACAAUAUGUAUGCUCUACAGAACUAUUACGACGGGUUGGUACAGUCCUGUUGGAUGCACGUGGAAAUACUUGAGCCGAUCGAUACUUCUCCCCAGCUCAUACGCAUCGACCCCGCGCAGGGCAUCUACCAGCGUAUCGGUAGACAUUUUGUAAGCAUCAGCGAUCCCAACUACAGCAGCCUGUCGCCUGGCCACUCUUGCCUGAUCAAUGUUGUAAUUCCAAUAAGCGAGUGCCGUUCCACUCAUACUAACUGCCUUCGAGAACAAACCCCGACUCAGAGGGGACAUCAUGUGCAACUGUACUGCAGCGCCACCUGCACUCUGUCCUGCCAGAAGAACUCGUUUCGGGUCACCCCCGAAGCUUUGGAUGUUGUUAUGAACCCAGCGAAGCGCCAUGCUUUGGUCUUUGAGUCCGUAGUUACCCGGAGAACAACUGUCAUCGGUGGCGAGGAACCCAAACACUCCCAAUCGGUAUUGAAUUACCACAACGAUGACUUUUUGGGUGUCCAUCAGCCGUUCAGGACCAUACUCGGCGAACGAGGCCGAUCCGGACGCGUAGCUUCCACCGUGAAUGUAGAAGAUAACAGGCAGUGGAUCCGCUCCAUCGCCGCGCGCUUCCGAAGAGGCGACAACUCCGAGGAUCUAAGAAGGUCGGUCAUCGAGCUGGUGGCCACUCGCUUUCGGAACCAUACGGUACGGUACACCGAUGGCUCCGUAUCUAACAGAGGGGUAGGUUUCGGUGUUUCCGGUACCAACCUAGCCAGGUCCGAGCGCCUACCGCCUCAAUGCAGCGUCUUUUCCGCCGAAGCUGUAGCCAUAUUCGUCGCUGCCACCCUUCCAGCAAACAGGCCAAUCGCAAUCCUUACGGACUCAGCCAGCGUGGUGGCUGCCCUCCAAAGCCACACCCCAAAGCACCCGUGGAUCCAAGGGAUCCUUACUGGUAUGGCACCUGACACCAUUUUCGCCUGGAUUCCCGGCCAUUGUGGCAUCAGAGGAAACAUAGAAGCCGAUGCCCUAGCAAGCGUUGGGCACGAAGGUCUUCCCUACACCCGCUCCGUCCCGCUGACCGACGUUAAAAAGUGGACAAAAAGUGUCGUCGGCCAGGACUGGGCACGGACUUGGAAUAGCAACCACAUGCCUUCUUUGAGGAAGAUUAAAGGCUCUACUGGCCCAUGGAGGGAACUGACUUCCCAGAAAGAGCAGGUGAUCAUGUCGAGCAUCAGUGCAGUUCUAGUUCUGUCGGAUGCACCCAUCCCAAAGGUCUGCAUCGAGGAUGGUUGCAUACUGGGGAAAGUAUUUUCCAGCCAAAAAGGCAACGAAUACGAAGCAUUUUUGGGCGUACCUUACGCCAAACCACCAGUAGGAGAGCUAAGAUUCAAGAACCCGCAAGCAGUCGAACCUUGGACUGGUGAUUAUGAUGCCACUUUCGAACGGAGUAAAUGUGUACAGAAGAACGAUCUCUGGAUCAAUCAGAAGGUGGAAGGUGACGAAGAUUGCCUGUACAUAAAUCUGUACAGGACCGUUAUCGUAGUGCUGAUGGCUGGCUGUAGCAGUUUCACAUCCAUGGUGGUGGAUACUUCGCUGGAUCGGCUUCCAAAGGCGAGUUUGGACCAGAUAGAUCACGCAGCCACCGGAAAUUUUGGCCUCAAGGAUCAAAACGCGGUUCUGAGGUGGGUUCAGAAGAACGUUGAUAGGUUCGGUGGGGAUCCAAAAUUGGUGACCUUGCUUGGACAGAGUGCCGGUGGAGCAUCUGUUCAGAUGCAAAUGUGCCCCUGGCCGUUGUUUUUGUUCGUUCCUAAUGAAGGAGCGUUUGCAUCACUAGCUCUUAUCGUUAAUCAAACUCUACUGGAGCAGUUGAAUGAAAAUGCUGCAUCGUAUCUUCCGCGACUACUUGGAUGUCCGCCCAAUGAGAAAUCUGGUCAACUAUUAAAGAACCGUUUUUUCAGCGAUGGAAGCGACAAUAGUUGGAUUACUCAGAAUAAUGCCAACCGAAUUCAAGAUGUUCUCAGCGAAGCCUUCAUCGUCUUCCCUAUCGCACAGAGUGUACAACAACAAGCUGCUCUGAAUGAUCCCUCGAAAGCUGCUAUCGAUGUACGCUACUUUAACUUUGCAGGUCGCUUUUCUCAUUCGAAGUAUUUUGCCAAAAAUGACGGUAACUUCGGUGUGUGUCAUUCGGAUGACCUAAUUUACCUGUUUCGAGCGCAAGAGCUGUUUCCGGAUUUCGAACUGGAUUCAAAGGAAUACGCCAUGGCGGAAAAGUUGGUCAAUGACUACGUUAGCUUCGCUUACGACGGAUUAAAGUCUAGCAACUGUCAAGGUGGCCCUUGUUCCAUUCUUGACUAUACUAACUCUAAGGAUGGGAAUAAACCAUUCGAGCUCAGCUAUAUUGAAGGCUUCGAUGAAGAAAUGAUAAAAUUCUGGACUGAGUUCUACACUUGCUAAUGCGAGGAAGGAUUUCGGAGACGUUUCAAUGCUUUCAUACCCAAAAAGUCUUUUUAACAAUUUGUAUUAAAACUCUUACAAUACGAUAUCUGA